AUGCAAGCGCGCCUCAUCGCCCCGAUCCUCGGCACGGUCUCGCUCAUCGCCCCGAUCCUCGGCACGGUCUCGCUCAUCGCCGGCAGCUGCACGACGCUCGCGGUCAACAGCAGCCGCACGCCCCAAGUGAACGCCCACGUCCGCCGUCUCUCCAAGCGCGUCAUGCCCCGCGAUGUUGGCAAAAGCUCGACGACGGCCAACGCGACGGCAACGACGAAGCACGACGUCAUGGAAGACUUUCCUAUCUACAUGUUCACGGCCGAGUAG